UUCAACCUCCUAGUCCCCACUCCCCACACGCUCUUCCCCACCUGUGCUCUCUGUCUCCAGUUCACUGCUAACUGACUUCUCCAUCUCUCCUUCCAUUUCGCCUAUCUCGAAGUUCUCUUUUCUUUCUCUACUACUGCUGUGUUCUUCUUCCACUUCUGCUAAUCCACAGUAGAAUACAUCAAAGCCUUUAACAGUGAAGGAGAAGACGUUGAGACUCGGAUUCGUUUUUCUGGUUCUUCAUGUUUUCUUCCCUUUUAUUCUCUUCCAUUUCUAAUUCCUCCCAGGUAGAGGGACAUCCGUGCUUUGAGAUACCAGGCAUUCCGCAUCUGAGUUCAUCAAUUUCAUGAGAUUUGAUUGAAUUAUAAGCGAGAACGGUUGAAAUAAUCUGUUGUUUAGGGUUUUAUUGUUCCUAUUCUGCUGGGAUUGUGAACGGCAUGAGGUUCAACGGAGAGAUCUCUUCGUAUCUAAAUGAAGAGGAGAUGGAAAAUGAGAUGAACUCACUGUCGUAUUCGAUUGGUCCUGGGUUUCCGCUUCCGCAGAAACUUGUGGUUGGAUACGCUUUAACGUCUAAGAAGACUAAGAGCUUUUUGCAGCCCAAGCUUCAAGGAUUAGCUAGGAAUAAGGGGAUACUAUUUGUUGCAAUUGACCAAAGCAGAUCACUUUCAGACCAAGGUCCUUUUGACAUUGUUCUACAUAAGUUAUCUGGAAAGGAGUGGUGCCAAAUAAUUGAGGAUUAUAGCCUAACACAUCCUGAAGUUACCGUCCUUGAUCCUCCAGAUGCCAUACAACAUGUACACAAUCGCCAGUCCAUGCUCCAGGAUGUAGCUGAUCUUAACCUCUCUGACUGCCAUGGCACUGUUGAUGUUCCAAGACAGUUGGUUAUUAAAAAAGAUCCAUCAUCCAUCCCUGAUGCAGUUUCUAAAGCUGGGUUGAUGCUGCCUCUAGUUGCUAAGCCACUUGUUGUUGAUGGAAGUGCGAAGUCUCAUGAACUCUCUCUUGCAUAUGAUCAAUUUUCCCUCUCAAAACUUGAACCUCCUCUUGUUCUACAGGAGUUUGUUAAUCAUGGAGGUGUUCUCUUUAAGGUCUACAUUGUAGGUGAAGCUAUAAAAGUGGUCCGGCGUUUCUCUUUACCUGACAUCAACAACUGUGAACUCUUAAACAAUGCUGGUGUAUUCCGUUUCCCUAGGGUUUCUUGUGCUGCUGCGUCCGCUGAUGAGGCGGAUCUUGAUCCUGGGGUUGCUGAGCUUCCCCCGCGACCUUUACUUGAGAGUCUUGCAAGAGAGCUCCGACGUCGGCUGGGUCUCCGGCUGUUCAACAUAGAUAUAAUCCGAGAGCAUGGCACCAAAGACCGUUUUUAUGUUAUCGACAUAAACUACUUCCCUGGAUAUGGGAAAAUGCCAGAAUAUGAGCAGAUAUUUACAGACUUCUUCCUGAGCUUGGCGCAGGGCAAGUACAAGAAACGUACUGUGAAUUGUUGAAGGCAUGCAUUGGAAAAAGAAAGGGGACAUGUUACAAGAUGUUAUAUAUGAUGUUUGAAUAUGUGUAUUCACGAAAAUAUAUGUAUUUUUUUCUCCUAUCCUUCAGUUUGAUGUACGGCACAUCCUGUAUGAUCUGUGCGCCAGCAGCUGGGUGGUUUCCACAAGGAAAAGUAGAAGGUAUCCCACCCUCUCAAUUUGUGUAAUUACUUAACUGGAAUGAUGACAAUGCGCUCUCCAAAAGCCUCUGUCAUCAUGUACAUAGGAAGUUCUUUCAAUUAACAUGGAAUUCUCUUUGAUUGCUCAAA